UUAAAGUGAACAAUUUUAUUAGAAACCUGCAUUCUAUGAUAAAAAAGUAUGGUGUAUAUUAAUGAUAUUAAAUAUGCCUGCUCUAGUUGUAUUAGAGGGCAUCGGUCGUCUUUGUGCGAUCAUGAAAAUCGGCAACUUUUUGAGAUUAAACGUAAGGGAAGACCAGUAUCACAAUGUGUACAGAUGCCAUCAGAACGUACAAAAAAGACGUCUAGAACAAGAUGUGUAUGUAAUCAGGGAUUAGAGAAAUCUUUUGUUUCAUUAGACGUUCAGAAAAUGUCACUUAAAACUCCCAAAAAAAACAAAAAAAAGGUAUUGCCAAUGAUAAAGAAUGAGAAGGAAUUUUGUGGUAUUGAAAAAGAUGAAGAAGUUAGGGAUUCUGUUCAAAUUUAUUCAUUUCCUACGGAUUUCAAUACAUUAAAUAAUUCUUUACAAUGGAUUCAUCUGUCUGAUAAGUCACAAACAUCAAAUAAUAUGGAUAUAAAAGUACAGGAUACAAGAUUGGAAUCGAAUGGUUUAUAUGAUUUUGAUUCGGUAUUUUGUCCUCAGAGUUUAGGUUCUAAAUCGGAAUCUACUGAAAUGAUAUAUAAUUGUCCUCAGUAUCUUGGUAACUGUCUCUAUCCUUUGGCUAUUGAAAAAACUGAUUCCAAUUUUGUUUCUAUUCCAGAUCAAAUGAGUUUUUAUCAGACAUGUGGUAAAUCUGCAUAUAGUCAUUUUGAUAGUCUACCCAUUUAUCCGUAUAUGGCAUCAGGUGUAAGUAUAGAUUCUCAGGUCUUUGCAUCUGAAUUUCUUGGUUCUGAUCAGUAUUCGAAAAUGCAAAAUAAUGAUGACACUAAAAUUCUUGAACUACAUACAGAUCCUCAAAUAAUGAUAUCAAAUGAUUUCCAGAAUUUUAAUUCUGGGAUUUUAGAUGUAUCUUAUCCAUAUUUAUUAUCUGAAGUUAGGUUUGAUUAUUUAUCUGAUUCUACAUGUAAAUGUUCAAAUUGUCAUAUUAAUGCUGAUAAUAUUCCUCAAGAUGUGUCACAAACUAUGCCAAUGGAUGAAAAAUUAUUAUCAGGUUUAUAUACUAGCCCUGAAGGGAAGUUUUUGAAUAUAAUGUCUGAUUUAAAUAUAUAUACUAAUGAUUUUUAAAAAAUGAACACUAUUUAUAGACUUCAAUAUAUGCGAAAUUUUGCUAAUGAUAUCUAAUUCUCUAUUGUAAAAGGAGGAAGUUAAAUACGUAAAAUGAUGAUUUCUUCUAUCUUUAAAUUUUUUAUUGUAUUGUAAGAUAUGAUUAAAUGAUCAAUAUUAUUAUUUUAGGGACACUAUCAUAUUUAUAAGCAAUAAAAAUCGCAUAUAUGUGUUUUGUAAAAAACUUAAAAUAUCUUAUUGAUAUUAAUGUGAACUUUUGAAUAUAGAUAUGUAUAUACGUUAAUAUUAUUUAUAAUAAAAUUUCAAUGGGGAUU